CAUCUAUCUCGGCAUGGUUCUUGCAAAUUAAAGAAGAAGCACAAUUUCAUUAUUCCCAUAGUAGUGCCAACCGCUGGAAUUUCCAUCCUCUUGUUAGUUGCAGUAGCUAUCUGGUGGUGGAGCCUCAAAAGGAAUAGGCAUGAGGGAGGAGAUGUCAUAGAUGAAAAAGCAAGCCCUCAAUACGGGUCAUUAGAAUCAACAAAGCGACAGUUUACAUAUUCUGAGAUAAUAAAGAUGACCAACAACUUUGAGAGGGUUCUUGGCAAAGGUGGAUUUGGAACCGUUUAUCAUGGCUACAUGGAACAUACUCAAGUGGCUAUAAAGAUGCUUUCAGCAUCAUCUGUUCAAGGGUUCCAACAAUUUCAUGCAGAGGUUAAUCUUCUUAUGAGAGUUCAUCAUAAAAACUUGACAGGCCUUGUUGGAUAUUGCAAAGACGAAACCAACGUAGGGCUUGUCUAUGAGUAUAUGGCCAAUGGAAACUUAUUGAACCAUCUUUCAGAUAGCAGAUCAAGUAUCUUGACUUGGGAAGAUAGACUUCGAAUAGCAACAGAUGCUGCACAAGGAUUGGAGUAUCUGCAUUGUGGUUGUAAGCCGCCUAUAAUGCACAGAGAUGUGAAAUCAACAAACAUCUUGCUGAAUGAAAAUUUCCAAGCCAAAAUAUCUGAUUUUGGCCUGUCUAGAAAUUUCCCUACUAAUGAUGGAACUCAUGCAUCCAGCCUUCUUGCUGGCACUCCUGGCUACCUUGAUCCUGAGUUCUACCUAUCAAACAGGUUAAAUGAGAAAAGUGACGUUUAUAGCUUUGGGGUUGUGCUGUUGGAGAUUAUCACAAGCAGACCCGUUUUAACGAGGACGCAUGAGAGAAUUCACAUAAGUCAAUGGGUUGGUCUCAUGCUUGCAAAUGGAGACAUUAACAGCAUCGUCGAUCCUAGGUUAGAGGGAAAUUUCAAUACCAACUCCGUCUGGAAAGCUUUGGAAAUAGCAAUGGCAUGUGUAUCCAUAAAUGCCAUCAAGAGGCCAAGCAUGAGCCAAGUAGUGGUGGAUUUGAAGGAGUGUUUGGCAACAGAAUGUGCUCAAACAAAUCGUAGCCAUGUAACUGGAUUCAAUAAUUCCAAUGCAUUAAUGGCUGACAAUUCGGUUUUUAGGCUUACUCCCUCCGUGAGGUAG